AUGGUAUUGGAGUUAGAAGGCCAGAGCGUAUGGGUUUAUGGAGGAGCCAGCUGUUCAGCGUAUCCUUUAACAAAGAUUGACACAAUCAAUGAAGUUACUGGAGAGAUGAACGAAGAAUCGGCUUUAUCGCUGGUAGUUUACGGUAAAACUUCAGAACAUCUCGAACUCUUGGAUGGAAUUCUGGAAAACAUUCUCAACGAGAAAUGGAAAGCUUAUGGAAAACAUCAGUGCGUCUUCAAACCCUUUCAAAAUAAAGAGAAAUUUCGAAAACUCGUAAACUUUAUCAACUCAUUAAAAUUACAGCUGGCUGCGUUCGCUGGUGUCAUUCUGCAUCUAUUAUAUCAUCUUCACUUCCGCUUAUAUGCUUCGGCCAUUCUCGGCUACGACAGAGGUUAG